AUUUAUGAAACAAAAGAAGAUUUUAAUUAAAAUAAAUAAAUAUGAGAGUGUCAUUAAUUUUUUCAAAAAUUUUGUAAGAAACCAUUUUUAGAGAAAAAUAUUAAUCACAAGAUAAGAGGAGUCACAUAAUUUUUUUAAUUCUAAUUUAAAAAGGAAAAAAUAAGUAUAAAAUAACUCAAUAAAUAGGGUGGCCAUACAAUUAGUGCCCAGACAGAAAUACUUUAGCUUCGGUUAGGAUGGAUGAAUAAGGGAUUAGAUGAUAAAAAAUUUAAAUUAGAAGAACAUAGUGGAACUGUUUAGUUAUAUGCUUCUCUAUCCUAAUUGUACUACAUUAGCAUCAAGUAAUGA